GAGGCCACAUGCAAGUUGAAGGCAAAGUUCAACCUGAGCGGCUACAAGAAUGUAGAGAAGAAGAAGGUCAUCAUCGGUGGAAUGUUUCCUGUCCAUAUGAGCAUUGCUUUCAAUGAUGGUAACACUUCAAGGCUGCCUGUGUCCUCAGGGUGUGAGGGAAUGAAUUACCGCACCUUCCGCUGGACGCAGACCAUGCUGUUUGCCAUCAAUGAAAUAAACAACAUGGAUGAUCUUCUACCUAACACCAACCUGGGUUACGUCAUCUAUGACUCUUGCUUCACCAUCUCUAAGGCCGUGGAGGGCACUCUCACAUAUCUGACAGGCCAAGAUGAGGCAGUGCCCAAUUACCGCUGUGGCACUGGGGCUCCCCUAGCUGCACUCGUGGGUGCGGGUGGCUCUGACCUGUCCAUUGCCACUGCCAGGAUUCUGGGACUCUACCAUUUCCCACAGGUCAGCUACUCCUCAACCUGCUCAGCCCUAAACAGCAAGUUCCAGUUCCCGACCUUCCUGAGGACUAUCCCCAACGACAAACACCAGUCGACCGCCAUGGCCCAGCUAGUGCUACACUUCGGCUGGACCUGGGUCGGCACAAUAGCCGCAGAUGAUGACUAUGGCAAGUACGGUAUCAAAGACUUCAAGGAGCAGGUAGAAGAGGCUGGUGUCUGUAUCUCCUUCUCUGAAACCCUACCGAAGGUGAAUUCACCUGAAGACAUCCAGCGAAUUGUCCAAACCAUUGUUGAGUCCACAGCCAUGAUCGUUGUAAUCUUUUCAUCAGACGUAGACCUCAGUCCUCUGGUGCUGGAACUAAUAAAAAACAACGUGGCCAACCGCACUUGGAUCGCUAGUGAGGCCUGGAUCACUUCAGCGCUCAUUAACCAACCUGGAGCUAGCUCUGUGUUGGGUGGCGCCAUUGGUUUUGGUGUGAAGAGGGGCGACAUUCCGGGUCUUCACCAACAUUUACUUGAUCUUGACCCUUAUGCUGACCCCCUAACUGAGGAAUUCUGGGAGACGCUGUUCAACUGCACAUUAGACUAUGGCAAAGCGCUCAAAAAGGCCAAAGAGCAGGCCAUGGUGUUCAACGGCACAAUGUCUAAGGAAGAAGGACUGGCUAUUCCUGUUGGUUUGUGUACUGGCAGUGAGUCCGUGGCUCAGCUCAACAACACCUACUCUGACAUCUCCCAGUUGCGAAUCACUUACAGUGUGUACAAAGCAGUUUACGCUGUUGCCCACGCCUUGCACAAUCUGGAGCACUGCGAACCGGGACAAGGGCCGUUCAUUGGGAUCGGCUGUGCUGACAUCACCAAUUUUGAACCGUGGCAGCUGAUGUACUACCUGAAGAACGUGCGCUUUAAAGUGCCACACACGGACGAGGAGGUCUACUUCACUGAUGGAGACGUGGAGGGAUUUUACGACAUCAUCAACUGGGUAGUCGAAGGAAAUGGGGAAAUAGCUUAUGUGACUGUGGGGCACUACAAUGGUUCUGCGGCCCUAGAAGAUCGAAUGACCAUAAUAAAUGAUUCUAUUGUCUGGAAUAAUGACGCAUUAGAGCCUCCUCGUUCCGUGUGCAGUGAGAACUGCAAACCUGGCACCAGGAAAGGGAUCCGACAGGGAGAGCCGGUCUGCUGCUUUGACUGCAUCCCCUGUGCUGAUGGCGAGAUUAGCAACAUGACAAAUGCUCGUAAGUGUGUCUUGUGCAGCGGUGAUCACUGGUCCAAUGACGCUCAUGACGCCUGUGUGCCAAAGAUCAUUGAGUUCCUGGCCUUUGGCGAGCCACUGGGAAUUACUCUCAUCGUCAUCUCUGCCUUUGGAGCGAUUGUCACCUUUGCAGUAGCCGUGGUGUUUGUUUUGCACGUCACCACUCCUCUUGUUAAAGCCAAUGAUGCUCUGCUGAGUUUCUCGCUGCUCUUCUCACUGAUGGUGACCUUCCUCUGCUCAAUCGUCUUCCUGGGAGAACCGCAGCAGUGGAGCUGCAUGACCAGCCAAGUAGCUCUUGCUGUGGGCUUCGCUUUGUGCCUUUCCUCUCUUCUGGGCAAGGCUGCGCUGCUGAUGUUGAGAGCACAGGCUAUGAAAGCGUGCCGUGCCAGGGUCAAGGCCGCUGCCAAAGCUGCCAAAGCUGCAGCUGAAGCAGCUGCCAACAGUGGUAGCCCAGAUGUCAUAGCAACCAACUCAACAAGCUUCAGUGACGCCGCUGCUUGGCUGAAGCCUGACAGUCUCACCUUUGCACACCAGAGGGCGAUAGUAGCUGUGGCAACGUUGAUUCAGGCUAUAGCUUGUACUGUGUGGCUCAUCAUCCUGCCGCCCUAUCCAGUGAAGAACACCUCUGCUCAGAAUAUAAAAAUCAUUCUGGAGUGCAAUGAAGGUUCUGUUGUCUUCAUCUGUUGUAUCUUUGCCUAUGACAUCCUUCUGGCUCUGCUAGCCUUCAUCUUCGCUUUCCUGGCCCGAAAACUGGAAGACCACUUCAGUGAGGCCAAGUGUGUGACCUUUGGCAUGCUUGUCUUUUUCAUCGUUUGGAUCUCCUUUGUCCCAGCUUACCUCAGCACACGAGGCAAGUUCAUGGUGGCCGUUCAGAUUUUUGCUAUCCUGGCCUCUAGCUUUGGCCUGCUCACCUGCAUCUUCCUGCCAAAGUGCUAUAUUCUUCUUCUAAAACCUGAACAAAAUACUGAGGAGAUGAUGAGACCCCACGACAAACCACGUGAUGGAACCUUAACGGGGACCUCGGCGUCGCUCGCUACUGCCGCUACAGAAGUCAACGCUACGAUUGCACCAACCACUAUUGAUGAAUAG